UUCAACUUUCCAGUCGCCAACUGUUGCCAGCCGCUAUGAGUUCAGACCCUUUGACCUCAGCUAUCAAAUAUAGCAAUUUGCUCCACCUCCCCUUGGAGCUACUCACGUCUAUUUUCGAGCUCCUGCCGAACCGCGAUCUCAAAAACGCCCGUCUGACUUGUAGAGGCCUUAGUAAUGCUGCACGCUUGCGACUCAACCGCGUCUUCAUAUCAGCCAAUCCACGUAAUAUCGAAGGUGUCGUCGAGGUUGUCUGGGACGACUCACUGCUGGCCAUCACACGAGACUAUCGGGAUUUUUACAUGGGGGGAGGCUAUCAAUAUUCUGACUCCUCAGAUGACGAGACAUCCCCGGGCAAUGACAAACCUCCAGAUUGGUUCAGACGCGAACUCGAGGAGAAUCUGGAGCACGUAUUGACCGGGCGUGUAGUGCCUGACGACCCUGACCUUCCAAUCCACGUCGCCACGGCCCAGCGCGCUGCUGCGCUGAUCCCAGCCAAGGAAGCCUGGUCAACAGUCCUCACAUCUGAAGCCGAUGUAUCCGCGUUACGCUACGCCCUGGAGCGGUUCCCUUCCCUCAGGCGAGUCACCAUCACUCCCGCCGCCCAUGGGGUUCUGUUCCACCCGCUGCACCAAACCCCAAUGAUUCGCGACUUCCCACGCGAACUCAAUUACCCGAUCCGCUACGGCUGGCUAGCCCCUAAGAUGCCCAUCUCCGGACCAGAGGCGCCGCCGUCUGGGGGCCCCAACGACGCUGGCGUGGACCCGUGGCACGGGUUUCGCGUGGUAACGCGGGUUCUGGCCAAGGCGCGGGAUCAUCACCACGUUGUGGAGCUGGUUCUGGAUGCUGUAGGCCUGCUCAGCGGAAUCAGUUGCCGUAUAUUCGAAGGCCCUUGUAGGGAAUAUGAUGACCUCACGGCCCUGCUUCGGCAACCGGGCUUCAGGCGGCUCGACCUCGCCCUCAUCGUUGGCGGCGAGUGGCACAGUGACUGGGUGUCGUUCCGCAACGGAUACCUCAGCCGGAUGCUGGCAGGCGCCCCAGAUCUGGAGCAUGUGGCGCUAUCUACCAGCGUCGAGUCGGACCCAGCUGCCGAUGCAGAGGAGAAAGGAAGCGCCGGGAAUGCGAGGCACCUCAUCCCACUGAGAAGCAUCUUUCCAGUGGACAGGUGGCACCGUCUGCGGCACUUUGCGCUAUCCCAGUUCCUAGUGAAGCAGGCAGAUGUAGUAAAAUUGCUGACUGCUCUGCCAGAGACCCUAAGAUCUGUAGAGCUAAGCUUUCUAAUGUUCUUAGAUCAAGGAGGGAACUAUCGUGACAUGCUAGCUGAGAUGCGAAAGAGGCUGGGCAGCUGGCGGGAGAGAGAGGAGCAGGCCCGGCCGAAGGUGGUGAUUGGGAUCAAUUCGAGUGGGAUUCAUAAGAUGAUCGGACGGGCGAUAUGGAUAGAUAAAGAGGUUGGGGAGUUUCUUUACGGGGCUGGGGAGAAUCCUUUUGGAACACUUUAUCAUAAGAACAGUAUACGGCUUGGCUGUGGGGUAGUAAGAGACGUGUUUGAACCCGAAUUUGAGCGGCCUUUUGUGGACUGGGACACAAUGGAGGAGCUGGGGUACUACAAGAAACGGCCGCGGCGGCGUUCGAAGUUGAUAGAGUGGUUUUGAAUGAUAGAAGGGAGGACCAAAGUG